GUCAAAGCUGAUACACAACAUAGUGGGAAUUAUACUAAUGGUAAUUGUGGUAAUCCUGGCUCACCCACUGCCCUGCCGGGCAAAUAGUGCUCACUACUAUGGCAAAUCCCAUGGGCCUCGUCGCUAUGAGUACGCCAAGAAACAUCACGCUCUCCUAAGAACGCAGCCAAACGCUUCGCCUGUGCACGAUAUGGAAGCCAAUGAUCCCACCGAGCUCUUUGAGAAGCUGGACAAAUUUGAUUUCAAGGCGAAUGGUAGAAAUGAUGCUGCAAGGCGAUUGCAGUACGCCAAACAGAAAGAGAGACUUGUCCAUUGGCUGAACCAGAACAACGGCAGCAGGCGGGAGCAGAAGGAGGAGCUGCUUUUGGCUGCGAAUCGGGAAAAUGCCCGUCAGUUGGAGCAGCAACAGCGCCGCAUUGAACGCAUUCAGAAUGAGGCCGCGGAUCGGGAGUUCGAGCGCAUGAUGAAGAUGAAGUUUCACCAGGAUAGCACGGAGCAAGCUUUGCCGGUGCAUCAGCCUCUCAAAGGUGCUGCCAAGAAAGACGGGACCAAAAAGAGCGUGCCCUCCAAGUUUCUUAUGUUGUGCAAGAAGCCGAAGCCGAAAAGCAAAUGCAAAAAGCCAAUGCUUACGACCACCACGGAGCGGCCCUCUACAGAAUUGAGCAUACCGUGUAGGCCGACUUGCCCUGCCUCAACUAUUAAGAAUACGGGUCAGGGUAAAGGUCACCAGAAACCGCAGGUCAAGAGUGCAGAGGCCGAUCGUCUACUGCAAAUCACAAAGAGCAUGAAAAUACGUGCGCUUCUUAUCCUCAAGUAUCUCAAUCUCUUGGAAAAGAAGAUACUCGACAGACGCAAUCCCGCCGGGAAUAAGGCACAGCCAACAACAACCGCCAGGCCCACGACUGAGAGUACGACGGAGACGACGCCACCGGCUACGACGGAGAGCACAGCAAGCCCAACAAUGGUGCAAACGGAGCCGACGCCGCCGCCAGUCAAGUCUGACCAUGGACCAAUGGGUGCAGGAAAGAAGCAGGAGCGACUUGAUAGGCCCACAGCCAUGCCAACAACCCAGUCGCCUUUCAAACAUAGUUCCGGCUUCUACUUUGGGUUCCGACCGCCUGGAGAGGAGAACACAAAGGCAAAUAUUGCGGCAGCGUUGAGAGAAGAGCGCAAGCUGGAACAAAAGGUGCGCGAGGAGCAUCAAAUGCAGCGCGAAAAUAUGCGAUCGGAAGGCCAAGAGCUCGUACGGCAUAGGUCACAAGAUAAACGGAAGCGAGCGCGUUACGAGGCAGCUCCACCGGCAGCAGCACGACUGGAACUCAUUCUAACCACACCCUCAUCCAUGCCAAUGUGUUAUCACCGCUGCGAUGCAAAUGGAGUCCAGAAGACUCACCUACCAAAACAGCCAGCAGCUGCCAUAAAGAGCUCCGCCGAUAAGUUUAAUCUGGGUAGCAGCCGAAAUGAGAUGUUGCUUCGUAAUAGCUUGGCGCGCCUCCCAAUAAUAAAUUGGAAAAAGGCGGAUAGAAACAAGAGAAUGAAGAGCAAGCAUAUGUUAGCCAGCCCAAGACAUCAGACUGUCUUGAAAAACUGCCUAAAGCCUCAAAUUCAGCGGCAUCAGAGAUAUUAUAACCGUCCUAGACAUCGAAAGGCUUUUAAUAGUCGCAAUCUUGCAUUAAGCUGA